UGUGGAUGGAGGGAGGGAUUAAACAGGCAGGAGGUAUAAUUACAGUAAGAGAGCCGAGAGGGAAGCAGAGAGACCCGAGAGGCCCCCGUUAAUCAAGCCUGGAGGACCUGACAGAACCAGAUCACCUGCACUACAUCAGGACCACACUGAAAACCAGAGAACCAGAGACCCAGAGAUGCAGAGAACCAGAGAGGAACCAGAGAGGAACCAGAGAAUCAGAGAGGAACCAGAGAACCAGAGAGGAACCAGAGAACCAGAGAGGAACCAGAGAGGAACCAGAGAACCAGAGAACCAGCCUACUCAGUGCUCCUCUGUGAGGAUUAAUAACUUUGAUGUGUUUUUGUUACACUUGCUGACUCAGCUGAGACAUCAGAGACAGAUUCUACAGAAACCGGAUCAGAAGCAGCAUCACAGACUCUCAGACGCCGUCAUGUCUUCGGCGUCUCUGCUCACCGUGUUCUUCUGUCUGGCUGUCGGUUUUCAGGUUGACGCGUCUCCGACGGUGUCUUUCACCGCGCCCGCGGGGCUCCAGGAGGAGGCGCUGUCCUCUGAGUGUCCGUCUUGCUCUGUGGCACUGAUGAGGAAGAACUCUUCCUCUUCGUCAGGACAGACCGACAUGGUGGAGGCGGUGAAGCAUCACAUUCUCAACAUGCUGCAUCUGAGCGCCCGGCCCAACAUCACGCAGCCGGUUCCUCGACCUGCGCUGCUCAACGCCCUCAAGAAGCUUCAUGUGGGCCGCGUGGCCGAGGACGGCAGUGUGGAGAUCCAGGAGGAGGGCCGGGGUCCCGGGGCCCCGAUGCCACCUGAGCCACCAUCUGAAAUCAUCACCUUUGCAGAACCAGGACAUUCUCCAAACACCGUGACCUUUGACCUUUCAAAAGAGGGCAGCAGCUCUGCGGUGGUGGAACAAGCUAACAUCUGGCUCUUUCUGAAGUUGUCGAAUGGGAACCGGGUGAAAAGCAAAGUGUUGCUUCAGCUUCACGACGAGGAUGACGAGUCUGUUUCAGAGAAGAUGGUGGACACUCGUCGCAGCGGCUGGCACACGCUCGCCGUCCCGCGCAGCGUCCAGACUCUGUUGGACCGUGGCGGCAGAUCGCUCAGCCUGCGGGUGUCCUGUCCGCUGUGCGCUGAGGCGGGAGUCGUGCCUAUCCUGACGCCUCCGACCGGCGAGCGAGCUAAAGAGCGGGAACAAUCUCACUGGCCGUUCCUCAUGGUGGCGCUGCGAGCCGCGGAGGCUCAGCAGAGGGUCAAACGAAGUCUGGAAUGUGACGGUAAAAUCCACGUCUGUUGCAAACGGCAGUUUUACGUUAACUUCAAAGACAUCGGCUGGAGCGAUUGGAUUAUAGCGCCGUCUGGUUACCAUGCCAACUACUGUGAAGGCGACUGUCCGGAUCACAUGGCGAGCAUCGGCGGCUCGUCCCUGUCCUUCCAUUCAACCGUCAUCAAUCAGUUCCGGAUCCGAGGCUACGGUCCGUUUCAGAACAUGCGGUCCUGCUGCGUGCCCACGAGGCUGCGCGCUAUGUCCAUGCUCUACUACAACGAGGAGCAGAAGAUCAUCAAGAAAGACAUCCAGAACAUGAUCGUGGACGAGUGCGGCUGCUCAUAAACUGCUGCUUAUAAACGCUGAACAUCAGGAACUCCUCCUGGACCUGCUUCCUGCAGGGAAACAGGACUUCAGCACUUUCCCUGGAAGAGAAGAGCUGGAUAACAUAUUUAUGUUUAGUGGACAAAGCAUUGUAUUUCUUGCAGGGACAGACUCUUUUCCACAUUGGAACGGCCUGAGAAUACUAUGCAAUAGAUGUCCUUUAAUAUUUUAAUGUCAAACUUUCUUCAUCUGUCUGUUUUCAUUUGUUUU